AUAAUAUAUGGAUUAUAUUAGAACAAUAGUUUCAGGAAAAAAAAAGAGAUUCAUCUCAGAAGGUUAUAACUUAGAUUUGACUUAUGUUUGCGAUAGGAUAAUAGCUAUGGCUUUCCCUGCUGAUGGAUUUGAAAGCUGUUAUAGAAAUCCCAUUGAUAAGGUAUUAUUUAUAUAGAAUUUUAGGUUGUUCAAUUUUUAGAGAACAGACAUGGCAAUAAUUACUUAAUUAUGAAUCUAUCAUCACGCACUUAUGAUUAUUCUAAAUUUAAAAAUCAGGUUAAAAAUUAUCAGUGGAACAAUCAUCAUGCUCCCCAAUUACAUUUACUCUUUAAUAUGUGUAAAUCUAUGCAAGAGUUCUUUAAUUAGAAAUAAGAAAAUGUUGUCGUUGUACAUUGUCUGGCAGGAAAGGGCAGAACGGGUACGUUAAUUUGCUGUUACCUUUUAUAUUGUGGAAUGUUUAACACCGUAAAUGAUGUUCUAUAAUAUUAUGAAAAAUCCAGAUUCAAUGACGAAGGCUUGGGAGUUAAUUAACCAUGCCAAAUUCGUUAUAUCGAAUAUUUCAAUCAAUUAUUAUAAGGAGAAGCCAUUUACCCAAGUCUUAAAUAUUUGAGCUCAAUUAUUAUAGAAGGAGUACCAAAACUAAAUAUUGAUGAUGGCAGCAAGAUAUCCGCUAAAAUCUAUCAGAACCAACAACUUAUCAAAGACACCUAAAUACUUAAAAUCAUUUAAGAAAAUUAGACAAAUUGUAUAAUAAUGACACCCAAUCCUAUUGUCAUUCAUGGCGACAUUUUAAUUGAAUUUUAUAAUUCCAACCUUGUGAAAACCAAGUUAAUAAUGAGAAUAUCAUUUAAUACUUCAUUUAAUACAAUCACUUUCACAAAGGAUUAGAUUGAUCCAUUUAAAAUUAAAAACGAUACAAGAAUACCUGAUAAUUUUAAACUUCAUGUUUGCCAAUCAGAAUAUUGCAAUAAUUGUGAUUAGACGACCAGUUUUCAUGACAAGUGUCCUGAUUGUAAACAAACAUUAAAUCAAGAAAGACAGAAUUGGCACCAAAUUAAAGAAGCUUUGAAGUUGAAAGGGGUCAAUGUUAUUAGACAUUUCCCUUAAAACUUUUGAUAUCGAAUAUUAAAUGUUUGUAGAAUAGACAUCUUCAUCAGAGUUAAAAUACUAAUCAAAUAAGC